AUGUCGCAUGUCAAACCAGGGUUUCAUGCCCUUUGCCUUCCUUGCACCAAACCAGGAUGCAACCGCUGGUUCAAGAAUAAGUCUGGUCUUACACAACAUACAAACACCGUCCAUUCAGUCCUUACUAGUAGCAAUGCACCCUCGUGUCUGCCUCAGUCCAAUCGAUCCCCCUCACCUCUUUUUGAUGCAAAUAUCAAUACUGAAGAAUAUGAUGGCACCAACUCGAAUGAAGAGUAUCGUGCUGCCACUCCUGGUCCUGUACAACCACCUGCAGAGUUCUUUGGUGCUGGUGACCGCUUGUAUUGA